AUGAUCGAGGCAAAUGAUAAUAUAUUAUAUUGCAUGUGUACGGCAAAAUUAGAUGGUGAAGCAAAAUGUUGGUACGAAAAUAAUAUGUCAUUAACCCAAUGGGAAGGAUUAAAAUUGGCAUUACUUGAACGAUUCACAACAUCUGAUUCAUCAUCAAAAAUAUUCGAACAAUUAAAAGAACGUAGACAAAAAUCGGAUGAAACCAUUACGUCUUAUUAUGAUGCCAUCAUUAAAUUAUGUCAUGAAUAUGAUCCAUCUAUGUCGCAAAAAAUGAUAAUCUCAUGGUUGGAGAAUGGAAUUAAAGAUUCAUUAAAGAUUCAAAUUAAACGACAAAUGAAGCUGUUAUCUGAAUCAGCUCGAACAACACAAGCAUUUUUAAAAAUUGCAAAAGAUGAACAAGAACUACUAGAAGAAAAUGUUUUAAAACCUGAAACAACAUCUUACAUGCCAUAUUUCGCAAAUGCAGUAUCAACAACAUUAAAACAAAUGANAACUUAUCUCGAUGAUGUCAUUAUAUAUUCAUCAACCUUCGACCAACAUUUAAUUCAUCUUGAUGAUAUUCUCAAUCGGUUAAAUGUGGCAAAUUUUCGUCUUAAUGUUGACAAAUGUCAUAUUGCAAAAGCAUCGAUUGAUUAUCUUGGUCAUCACAUUGAACAUCGUAAUAUCAGACCAAAUGCAGAUAAUAUUCGUGCAUUAUUAGAAACUCAAAAACCAACAACAGCAAAAGAAGCUUUUCGGUUUGUCAAAGCAGCAGAAUAUUAUCGCAAAUUUAUACCAAGAUUUUCAACCAUCGCUCAACCAUUACAUAAAUAUGCACCCACCACCAAAGAACAACGAUCGCAAAAAUCACAAUCUACACCUAUCAUUUUAUCCGAUGAAGAACUUAAUGCAUUUAAUGAAUUAAAACGAAUAUUAACAAAUGAUUUAGUAUUACGCAUUCCAGAUGAACAUCUAUCAUUUAAAAUUCAAACUGAUGCAUCAAAAAUUGGAAUAGGAGCUGUUCUUAUGCAGACCCAUCCAAAUGGAGAUUUACCAGUUGCAUAUUUAUCGAAGAAACUUACAACAACACAAAUGAAUUGGCCUGCAACCGAACAAGAAUGUUAUGCUAUUAUAUAUGCAAUUGAAAAAUGGCACAAAUAUUUAGAUGGACGUCCAUUUGUUAUUGAAACAGAUCAUAAACCAUUAUUACCAUUUAAUUUAAAACAACAAUUAAAUUCGAAAUGCGAACGAUGGCGUUUGAAAUUACAACAAUACCAAUUUACUAUUCGAUAUAUUAGAGGAAAGCAUAAUACAGUAGCUGAUUAUUUAUCACGCUCACCAGUCGAUAAUGAAUCAAAUGAUGAAGAUGAUUAUACUCCAACAAAAUCUCGAUCAACACAAACUGAUAAUCCAAUAACAGCACAUAUUGUUGCACCCGUCAUUACAAGAGCACAAGCAAAACAGCAAUUUAACAAAAAUAUUGAUUGUAAUCCGACAGAUCAAACUUGUGAUGAACAGCAACGGAAGAGGAAUGACGACAUACAAGUCGAUCGUUCCUGUGAUGAAUAG